UCCAAAGAGGAAUAGAUCAGCUACUGUGGGAAAGAGAGCGUCCUGCCAAACCCCAAGUGGUUGGUGAUGGAUGGGGGAGGUAGGAAUGCGGGGAUGGAGGGCCAGCUCUUCCCUGUGGCCACUAGGAUCUUCCUGCUGCUCUGUGGCCUCAUUACUUAUCAUCUUUCUGGGGCUAAGUGAGUAACCUUCGCUGCCUAAUUUGGAGAGCUUUUAUCCUGGGGGGCACAAACAACUGCCACCCCUUCACAACUAACCAAAGACGACAUGGUUUAUUCCUGCCUUUGUGGUCCUGUGCACUAAGCCCAUCACCGUGGCAUCAGGUGCUUCUUGCUUGUGUGAUCUGGUGCACCACUGCCAUAUGCCCUCAGCUCUGAGUUUGAUCUUAGUUGCUCAUUUUGGUGCUAUUCUCAGGAUUCUUGACUUGCUCAGCAGAUGUGGACUGCCUGCCAGGGUCUGCUUUGAAAGCACUUUGUCUUCUAGAUGUGUCCUUGAGAUGUUCUUCUUCCCUGAUGCUUCCAGAAACUGGCUAGCUCACAGCAGUUGACUGUGAGCCUCACUGGAGCCUUGGUUAGAUGAGCCCUGCUCGAAAAGUGGCCUGUCCCUUUGAGUGUCUGAGGAUGCAACUACAUGAUGCAGCAGUGACGGUGAGAAGUGAAUAGCUGUCAUCCAGGAAGUUUCUGCUGUCAGACACUUAUUCUCAUCCUUAGGCACUUCUCUUGAAGUUUUUUUUAACUCAGAUUGGCUGCUGAUUUGGAUUUCCAAUGUGAACUUUCAUACUGACAGCCUAGGGGUGAUGAGCCGUGAAGGUGGUGAGUGAGGAGUGAGAACCUAUGAAACCACCUCCAUGCUUCCGUAAUGCACCGCUUGGUCUUUGAAAGCAGACUUUUUUAUCCUCAAAGUGGCCAUGCCCUGUCUCUGUCUGCAGUACAUUGAGUCUAGCUGACAAUUCUCACAUACUUCUUUGAUUUUCCCAUGGCCUCCCUGAGGACAGAAGUUGCUUUUGUGUAGUCUUGUCCCUGUUUCCUUUUGGAUUCAUGAUGGACCAUUCCUUCCCUGUAAGAAAUCAGUCAGAAAGCAGUGGAACUAGCAGACUCCAUUUUGUGUUCCUAUAAUCACUGCACACGUGAAGCAGAGAGCAACAGCGCUGUGUUUGGCUGGGAGAUAGGCUUUGCAUCCUUGGGUGUGUGUGUAUGUAUGUGAGCACGUGUCCUGGGACCCGAUUUUGGGGCCAAGUGGUGAUGCAGCCUGCAGAGUCAUCACAGCACUCUUCAGGAAAGUAAAUGUUGUGAGGAGGCUGAGGAAGAGUCCUUCCAGGAUAACAGGCAUAAGUGAAGGAGAGAAGAGGACAAAAGUGCUGUUUUCCCUUUAGUGGAAAGAAUGCUUAGCCUAGUGAUGCUAAAAAAUCAAAAUUGUGCUUUCUGAGAGCAUCUGAAGGAUGAGAACGUGCUGAGGCAUCUCUAGCAUGCUGGAAAUCCCUAUGGUGGGGCUGGCUUUGGUUAGAGAGAGAACAUUAGUUACUAGGGAGCCUAGCACAGCUGAAGGAUACUGAGAAGAAUAUUUGUUAGAUUCCCGUGGACUUAGAAAUCCAGCUUGAAGUUUUCUUUAGCAUGCAGUACUAUACCCUUGUGAUAGCCAAGUAGUUCUUGGAUAAAAUUAAAUUGGUGUCUCGUAGGCUGUUAUUGGAUUUCAGUAGAGUUUUUUAGUCUUCUUUGAGGUGAUCUUCUUUUAAACUGGGGGCUGGAGAAUUAUAUAAUUAUGCUGCUAUUAGUAUUAUGGUAGUUACAGUAAGAACAAGCUGUUCGAAUGAAGAGUUUUAUAAUGGACUCUGAAGGUGUUUAGACGUUGGUUUAUUCUUGUGACUUUAUGGAAGAUCAGUCUUGAGACAGAAUGCUGUCAACAAAGACCACUUUAUCUCUAGGUCCCACAUGCUGUGUUCUGAGAGUUGAGAGCUGUGUUGUUGUGGAGUACAUAGCUGUCAAGUUGGACUCAUCGCUCCUUGUGCAUCCCUUCCAACUUGGGAUAUUAUAUGAUUCUGUCUUACUGUGGCUGAAGAUAUGGCAUCUAAAAUAGCUAAGGCUGCCCACUAAAGAGCAGGGCAAGACAGGUGAAAAUGGUCAAAACAGUGGAAGACUACAGAAUGUGUGGAGUCCAAAGGUACUGCUCCUCUGAAGGGUAGAAAGCUGGGCUGACACAGAAUGUAAAAAGCUUAGAUCCCUAUGUUGUGUCCAUCUUAGUUUCUCCAUUUUAGUUUCUUUACAUACCAGAUCAUAGCUGCAGGCUUGGAGCACUCUGGUCUCUUGUAAGAGUGCACAGAGGAGGAGAAACCUUUCUUUUUCACCACUGAUGCUACUUGUUAGUUGAGGCAUUGCAAAGCCUUGUGCACAAACCCAUUGUUGGUGGUUGUCAAGUAUGGCAUGUGUUGGAGAGGCGAAGCAGUGCCUUGGUUUUUCAGUUGUGUUCUGAACAGCCUUACCUUGGCCUUGUAUAGAUUCACCCUUCAGUUUUCUUUUUUCCAUCCAUCUUUCUUCCUGUCUUGAUGACUUCCAUUGAUGAGUGGAUGGCAACUCUGGAAGCCAACUGGUGUGGUAACACCUGACUGAGAGCAGACACCUUAUCAUAUAAUCAUGGAAUCAUAGGAAGGCUGAGGAUGGAAGAGACCUCAAGGAUCAUCCAUUUCCAACCCACUUCCAUGGCCAGGGCUGCUAACCAGGCACCGGGUCGGUUUGCCCAGCCUCCAUCCAGACUAGCCUUGAACAAAUAUUUCUGCUUGCCCCUUUGUUGAAAGGAAAAGAAGAUAAUUAAGACAGAGCCUAGUUUUCCCUUUGGCUGACCUUAUCAGAAGGGUAACUGUGCUUAUGGCUCGCUCCAGCUGGCUGUGCUGGCAUUGAGUCAGUGGCACCUUGUGGUCAAUUGCCUCAAAGCUGCAAAGGAAAUGCGUAGCAUGAGGUAUUGCUGCUUUGCAUUAGGACUGUGGGCAGUAGCUCAUAAUGAAGAUGGCGGAAGAAUAUUGUAUUUCAUCCUUGAAAUGUGGAUGGAAGUUGAUAUGGGCCUGCCUAUGUUCAAACCACCUUGUACUGUGACCCUGAGAGAAACUUCCUGCUAACAUCCUUGUACUUUGCAGUUCCCAAUAAUAUCAUGGCGUCCUUCACGUGAGGGAAAUGCUGAGCCCUACCUACCUUCUGUUACAUUCAUGCUUCUCUUCACUUUCUCUGCUGCCCAGCUUUGUAGGAUAAUCUUCUCUUCUUAUCCUUAAGCAAGGCACAGUCCUGCUGUUCUUGAGCUCGUUACGUUUCUGCUGCAAACGAAUAGUAGUUCUUCCUUCUGUUGCUGUUUGCAGAUCAAAAGCAGUUCAAGAUUUUAAUCUUUUAAGAUACUGUGGCCCUGAUGAUGUGUGGUACUCCGAGAGUAGGUUGACUUAGCACUGAAGAAGUGCUAGUGCCCCAGAGGCUAUGUAUUGUGCAGCCAGUGCCCUGUUGUAUGGCCCUGUGCCAGCGUCCUCUAGAGGAGAACAUUAGGACUGGUGAAUUGGCAGCUCUUAGCUGUGCAUAUCUUUCUCCGGCUCCUUGAAAUCAGGAUAUGAUUUCAGGAUGGUAUAAAUCAACUGGUCACUUGAUAUAAUGGCAAAGUAAAACUGUAACAGGUGCCUGGGGAUAACUCAUACGCUUUCCUCUUCUGAAAGCCAUUUCCUUGCAUGGCAGAGACAUGCAUCUUCAAGCAAGGAAAUACCAAGGUUGUCCCUUUCAAAGAGGAGCUUUCAGCUCCGCUUGCUGAGACUGAAUGCUCCCGAAGCUGUUUAUAACUGCAUGUUCCCUAACAAGCUUUGGAAGGAGCUGGCUGCCUGUGCCCCUCCUAGCUUUUUCUUCUGCUUGCACGUUAAAGCUUUUAUUUUUCAUGCUGUUGUUUUUAACCUGACAGUAACUUGUUCUCUCUUCCCUAUUUUUUUUUUUUUAAACUCUUUUUCGUUUUUUCCCCCUCCUCACUCAAAAUUGUCAUAAGGGAGAUCUCUCCUCUUCCUCUUUUCUGUGUUCCCAGUAACUGAUGACUGCUUUGUGCCAGAGCAGCUGGGGUUCCUUAUGACAAGCUGAGAUGUCUCCCUGCCCUUCCUCAUUUCAGCUACACAUAAAUGUUCUGGGUGGGGAAGGUGGGUAAUAAUGCUUUCCUCCCCUGCUGGCCUUUGUCUCCAAUUAGCCACUGCUCAAAGCACAUCUUUUCCUGCAGUGCUGAUCAGAUGAUAUGGGAAGGGAUAUGUGACAGAUGGCUCUCGGCGUCUCAGCCCACCCAGGGGUGGAUGAGCUCUCCACUCCCUGGCAGAGGAAUCCCUGGCAUGUGAGAAUGGAGGUGGUUCCCAGGGAAGAGGUUUUUGAAGAGGACACAGCUUUAUUCUUUGCUUCCCUCUUUUGAAGAAGGGAUAAGGAGUAGGUUCGUGUUCCCACUCCUUCACAAAAGCAACUGAGCAGUGAAAACUGCCUCCUGGGAAAUGUCAGCAGCGGAACAGCAGAGGGUACUGUAGGGCCAGCUUGCUUUGGCAGAGCUGCAGGGCAGGCUGCAAUAACAAGGAGGCAAUGCAGCCAUGCACUGGCUGAGGAGCUGCAGAGCCUUGUGCUGAGCCUGACGGAUAGUGAUGUAUGCAAAUGUCAAGUGAGGAAAAUAAGCUCUGCUUCUUCAAACCGUGUGUCCUGCUAGGUUGACAUGGCACAGCAGAGCCUGGAAAGUGAAGCAGUUUGUUAAAUGUCAGGAGCUACAACUCCUGUUAGGGAGUUUCCCAUGGCAUGUGGAGCAUUGCGGCCAUCUGGGAAGAAGGUGAAGACCUGGAUGCGACUCCUUCAGCAUUUGUCCUGUGUGCUGAGCCAGCUCUGAGGGUGCUGGAUGCCAUGCACUUGUGUCCUGUAGGAACUGGAGCCUUACUGGAGCAGAGCAGUCCUGCAUCUCACCUGAGCCUUGGUGACCUGAUAUCCAGAGGUAAUACCUUGCAAGAAGUACAGGACACCCAACUGGAGAGAGCUGCACUAAUGUACCAACAAGGGAUGUCUUCUAGCAGUAUCUGUUUGCUGUCUUUCCAGAUUCCUUGUACUCUUCCCCAUACCUCAGGAUGGAGCAAAACUGGGGAUGUAGAAGUAAGAGGUGCCAGAUACUCUUUCUUGACACCAUGAGUGGUCCUACUGCUCCUGAAAGACAAUAAUAAAGACUUAAAGAUAAAUAAAAUACCCUGUGCACAGUGAGAUGCCGUUGGGUUUCCAUAGCCCCUUGCUUUACCCCCAUGAAGAACUCCUGAGGAAGAGCAAGAUGGUUCUUUAUAGCUUCAGAGAAGGGAACAGCACCAGGCCCUCCAUCGCUGGGAUCACCACAGAGGGUAGCCUCUCAUGAGCUAGGCCAUGGCUGUGGAGGGGCCCUCCUCUGUGCUGUGUCAGAAUAUAUCAAAAGCAAAUCCUGUAACUCUUCCACUGGCUUCAGGCUUACAGUCUGUUUUUACAGUGAAAUAACCCAAUCAACAAGGAAGCCCUUGUGGCACAGCCAGAAUGCAGGGGAUGACGUUGGCGGGUGUCCUAAAAAUGUCACUGAAAAGGCAACCGUGAAGCUUCUAGAAAUGCUUGCUGCUGAACUGUAAUGUAUGAAUAUGGACAACCCUUCUAUCAAAGUCCAUGUUGGAGCCCUCGGUAGGCGGCCAGAUAUGUUUUCCUUUGAGUGGCUGCCAUCUGCCUAAAUUUAUGGCUUUUCCCUUCAGUGUUAAGUUCUCCCCAAGUUAAUCAGUAAACGUGCCCUGUUGUAUUUCACUCGUUCCCCUUGGGUGGGCUGGGUGCUUCUCCGCUCUGCUCCCAUCCAGGAUGCCGUGGGCUGUGGGGAGUGCCAGGCAGGGAAAGGGGAGCACCCUGGCACAGGACCAAGGGCUUGGGCUGCCUCUGAGUGCUGCAUGGGGGGGUUAUAAGCAAUGGCAUGAGAUGUGUUAUACCUAUCGUGGGGACCUUUGGCCAGGGGAGGAGACACUGAGGCACAUGUGCGGGCGUCAUACCAUGGUGGGGAGCUGCCAUUGAGGAACAUACGUGUCAGGAGCAUGCUGGAUGAAGAUGAGACGCCAUAAGCUUUUUCUGACUCUCUGCAUGGCUGGUCUCUGCCUCAUCUCCUUCUUGCACUUCCUGAAGGCCCUUUCCUAUGUCACCUUCCCCCGGGACCUGGCUUCACUUAGCCCCAACCUCGUCUCCAGCUUCUUCUGGAACAAUGCCCCCGUCACACCACAGGUUAGCCCUGAGCCAGGGGGUGCAGAAUUCCUCCGCACACCCCUGUACUCCCACUCUCCUUUACUCCAGCCCCUGCCACCCAGCAGAGCCAGUGAAGAGCUGCAUAAAGUCGAGUUUGUGUUGCCGGAAGACACAACAGAAUAUUUUGUCCGAACCAAAGCCGGUGGUGUCUGCUUUAAACCAGGUACCAAGGUGUUGGAGAAGCCACCAGUGGGAGGGCAGCUGGAGGAGCGCGCAGAUGGUGUGGCCUCAGGGCGGCCUGCUCGCAAGCCACUGAGCGCCAGUGGGACCAAGCGGCGCAAGUGGGUGGAGUGUGUGUGCUUGCCAGGCUGGCACGGCCCCAGCUGCGGUGUUCCCACUGUAGUCCAGUACUCCAACCUGCCCACCAAGGACCGCCUGGUGCCAAGGGAGAUCCCCCGGCGGGUCAUCAACGCUAUCAACAUCAACCAUGAGUUUGACCUGCUGGACGUCCGCUUCCACGAGCUAGGAGAUGUGGUGGAUGUCUUUGUGGUGUGUGAGUCGAACUUCACGGCCUAUGGAGAGCCACGGCCCCUCAAGUUCCGCGAGAUGCUCCUCAAUGGCUCCUACGAGUACAUCCGCCACAAAGUGCUCUAUGUCUUCCUGGACCACUUCCCUGCUGGUGGGCGCCAGGAUGGCUGGAUCGCUGACGAUUACUUGCGCACCUUCCUCACCCGAGAUGGUAUCUCUCGUCUCCGCAACCUGCGCCCAGAUGACGUCUUCAUCAUCGAUGAUGCUGAUGAGAUACCAGCUCGUGAUGGAGUGCUCUUCCUCAAGCUCUACGAUGGCUGGACAGAACCCUUCGCCUUUCACAUGCGCAAGUCUCUCUACGGCUUCUUCUGGAAGCAACCGGGCACCUUGGAGGUGGUCUCAGGCUGCACUAUGGGCAUGCUCCAGGCUGUCUAUGCUACCGAUGGGAUCCGUCUGCGACGCCGUGAAUACUACACCAUGCCUGGCUUCCGGCAGUAUGAGAACAGCACGGGACACAUCCUGGUGCAGUGGUCGCUGGGCAGCCCCCUCCACUUUGCUGGCUGGCACUGCUCCUGGUGUUUCACCCCAGAGGGGAUCUACUUCAAACUGGUAUCUGCCCAGAAUGGGGACUUCCCCCGUUGGGGUGACUAUGAGGAUAAACGAGACCUCAAUUAUAUCCGGGAGCUGAUCCGGACUGGUGGCUGGUUCGAUGGUACGACGCAGGAAUAUCCUCCUGCUGACCCUAAGGAGCACAUGUAUGCUCCCAAGUAUCUGCUCAAGAACUACCAGCAGUUCCACUACUUGCUGGAGAACCCGUAUCGAAAAGCGGAGGGUGCUGGUUGAGGCCACUGGGACUCGUGUGGGAAAUCAGAACAUGACAAAGGGAAAGAGUCGGGUGUUUGUCUGUUCCUUUCUUUAUUGUUUUCUUUGAUUCCAGGUGGGUUGUGCCAUUUCUCCAUGGUCUCUGUCCUCCUUCCCUUCUCUUCUUCCCAGGGUGAUGCCUGGGGACAAAUUCCUCAGACAAAUGAAGGGAGACCUGGGCAGGAGGAGGGGAGAAGUGUGGGCAGUAGCACAAAGACCUCCCUGCGUCUCCUGGACCUUUCUGCUGGCUGGAGUGAAUUGCUGCAGCCAGCUGGUGGGUUUUCUUCCAUGGGGGGCUGGGAAGGCUCCCUGAGGAGAGAGGGCAGCUGUUCCCAUCCACCUUCAUCUGUUGUGGAUAGGAGCAAGCACAGAUGUGAGCCUGAGCUGUUCAUUGAGCAUGUGAGUCAACAGGCACAAAGCGAUGCGAGGGAUCACGUGUGCAGAUGUGUGUCACAGGCAUUUUUUGGAUGAGUGAAUGUGCAAAAGCAUCUCAGUAUGCAUUUAUUUUUUUAAUACCUCUAUGUUCAAAGUAUUUUGGGGAAGGCAAAUCCUUUGCUUCCGAGGUGUUCUCUCCUACACGCUGCCUCCUCCCACUAAUUUAGUAUGUGUGCCCAGGGCUGUCUCUUGGCCUGAUGCUCUACCAGACCUGAAACAGGCAGGUGGGAAGCAGAGAGGAAUGCUGAUUUGUUUAGUGUUUUUUGUUUUGUUUUGUCUUUUCUUUCUGUUUACUCCCUUUUCACCCUGCCCCCACAAUGCUGCACUGGCUUGCUCCAUAGGAGCUGAAGCAUCUUCCCUGCAGCAUGUGCUUUGUUUGGGUCUGGGAUAAGCUGCAGGGGACUAAAUCAGAUGGUGGGAGUAAAUGUUUACAAGUGCAUGGUUUCCUAUGUGCAUGAGUGCUAACAUGCAUGGUUUUGGUAUGCAUGUGGAUGUUUGUUACUGGUGUUGGGAGGGGAGGGGUCAGAGUUGGUCUUGGGUGGUGUGCGUGGUUUCAGGAAAUGGUGGGGUCCAUAAGCUGUGAUCUGUAUUGUCGUGGAUGACAUUUUGGGGAGAGCAUCAGCUCUGCAUAGCAGGGUGUGCUAUGUGGAGCUGUUACACGCCUCUCUGGCUGCCUUUCCACCCCUGUGGGCUGUGCUUGCUGCAAAGAUUCUGUUUACAUGUGCUGGCUAUUUCUUCUUGCCAUUGGGGAAAUGAGAGGAGAAGGGCAAAGCUCUGAGUCACUGACGGGUGUCGUGGGGAAACACAAGGCAUGUCAAGGCACAGGACCCAUUGGGAGCUUGUGGGGAAUGGGGCUGUGGAUUGACUCCAUCUGAGACCAGAAGACUUUUCUGGGACAAUCACGCGAUCCACAGCCUGAGCUGUGCAGAUGAGGCCAUGCAGAGUAGACGAGAUGUAGGAUGACAUCCCUUGCAGCUGGUGGGCCAGUGCCCACGCAGAGUUGGAUGCUGAUGGGUAGCCAAGAUCUAGCCUGUUGCUGUAGUGGAUUCAUUCAGCUCAUGGAGGAGGCAGAUUGGCAUCUCCACCCUCACCACCCUUCCUUAGCAGAUGGCUUGACAGAGUGCCCAGAGCCUGCACUGUGGUGGGAAGAGGGAAAAAAACAUGAACGUGCUCUGUUGGCCUUACAGUGGAAAUACUGACUCGUCCUCCAAACAAAUAAGUGAGGAUCAUGUGGAGGAGGAGAAUGUUGUCAUAACGAAGAGUGACCCUGAUAUCAGGCCAGCUAUGCUGGAGCAAGAGGGUUUCGGUCGACCUCAACUCACUCCAUCAGGGCUUCAUAUGCCUGUAUCAUCCAGCCCAUUCUCUCCAUUGUGCUCCAUUCCUAUCUCUGUGACUCUCUCUUCUGUUUGCUUCUCUAAAGAAAUGGAAAGCAUCACGAAAGAUAAUUUGGUUCCCUAAGAAGAAUGAAAUUUGAACAGAAAAAUGAGUGUCAUUUUUCUGAUCAAACCGAGUUGGAGUUCAUCUUAGUUCCUUACCCCAUCUCACAUGCCAUAAUGCCUGCUUGGAAGAACUGAGGGAUCCCCUCUUCUCUUAUUGGUUGGGUUUUGUUUUUGUUUUGUUUUUGUUGUAUUAAAAACAAAAAACAUGUGUAUGUUGCUGUUUUCCCUUGUGAUGUGUGUCUCCCAAGGAGAGGAACGUCCCUUUGAGAACUGAGCAGGAGAAGGCUUGGUGGGUGGAAUGCUCUCCCCUCAUAGAGAAGCUGUGGCUGUGCCGAGCUCAGUCUUGUUGAUGCAGGAGGGAAUCUUGCCACGGUCAUAGAGAGGUCUUAGGCAGGGGGAGACUGUAGAGAAAUCAGGACUCAGCUGACAAAGAAGGAGUGACAUUUAGCAAGAUUAGAGCGAUAGCACUGAGCCUGCUGCAUGAGGGCUUUCCCCAGGGAUAGCCAGAGGAGAGCCUGGUGUAUUAACACAAGGGAUUUGGUAGCAGUAACGUGGAAAUUAAAAAGGGAAUAAGCUAUUCCUCAUUUUUAAUCUAGGACCUACAUUCAGGCAUUGCCUUACCUUGGUGACAGCUACACAAGCCUCAGAUCAGGCAUUCCUGAAGACGAGAGAGAAGUCAGUCUUUGCAUGGGUGCUUUGGGAGAAGCAGAGCCCCACAAGAAAUGAGCUGAAGCACACGCUUGCUAAGGCUGCACCACCCACUCUGCAGUGGGAGCAGCCUCUCCCUUCCUACCAGCCCUUCCCUUACAUUGGCUCCUGCUGGGAUUUUUAGCAUAUUGCAAGUUGUGUUUUCAUCACUGGGGAAUGGUUUUUGUCUCAGGAGAUUUAGAUAAGCCGUAACUGCAGUUAUCAGCAUCUCCUAUUCCCAAAGUUCACCCUGUUCCCUUCCCUCCCCUCUCCUCCACUAUUUGCUCCAUUGUUUCCCUCUUCUCUCUUCUGAGAAGGUCCCACUGGAACAGAUGAGAUGAGAGCAGCAUUGGGGCUCUUCUGCGUGAUUCUGGUCCUGUCCACCUCCUGGAUGUCUCCAUUUCCUUAUUAUUAGGAAAUCAGAUUUAAAACAGGCUUCUGUUGUGGAUGCAGGAAGGGACUUCACAGCUGAAAUGCAUUUUUUCUUUCUCAAGAAUCAUCCAGUCUUUUGAUUUAAGGCCAAACCAGUUAAUGUUCCUGUUGUUUCUGUAAGUCCUGUGUUUAUUAUCCUUAGGGAGUUGGAGUGCUUGUCAUUAAAAAUCUUCCAUCGCCUCCCUUGAGGGAUGGGGACAAGCAUGAUGAUUUCUGCACAGUGAUUUCCCAAGGUGAUGGCUUGCCCUCAGCCAUCCCUGUCUCAGCCAGACAAUGAAGUUUGGAAAGAGAAGAACUGAAAAGCAAAUCCCAUUCUGCCCCAGGACUGGUUGUUGCAGUGAAGCCAUGAGCCUUUCUGGGACUAAUGUUAUCCAUGGUUCAACAACCUUUCCCUGCAGCCGUGUGCUUUUUCUUCCCCAGAACCUUUCCACCUUCAGAUUAAUUGGUGUCAGGGAAGGCUGGAUAGAUGAGGCAGCACAUGGCAUCCCUAUACUUUGCCUUUCUUUAUGCCCAACUCUGCUCGACUUCUUUUGUGCCCAUGCAUGGCUUUGGGAUGGGGAGCUUCUCUUCCUCCUUUCUCUCUGGUGAAGAAGAGGAUGUAGGCUGAUGCCUCUGCCCCUCUGGAGGAAUAAAGGCAGUGAGGUGGUGCAGUACCCAGCAAGGGACAGGAUGGGGUUGUGCCUGCAUGAAGGACAGCACACUCAACAGUCCGCUCUCGCUGUUGCUUUCUCUGAUCCAUGUGUCCUGCUGAGGUGUUUGCUGUUGUGCAGCCUGUUCUGUGUGCCUCUGUGCUGGUUAAAGGAAGGGGACCUUGUGGCCUCCAGGUAACUUACAAGUCAGGAUGGGGGCAGCGUUAGUACAGAACAGCUGUUUGUUCCCCUGGUGCCUCUUGGUGUGUCCUUGUGGGGUGGCAGUGUCUCUUCCUGUCCUACUGCUUCUGCCAGCGCUCUGUGGCUGCUAUGCCUCUGCACUGUGAAGAUGUGUCGGGAGUCACUCCUGGUCCUGUUAGCAAACACUGGCGGUGAAGAGGGAAGGGGUGGCUCUUCCUGGCCUCACUGACCUCAAUCCUUGGUGGGAAGGGAGGGAAGCAUGGUAGAAUGGAUCCCAAAUCCCUCCAUUGCUGCGUUUCCCCUAUCCACCAAAAAAUCACCUUCUGAUUUCUGAGACAUUGGACGAAUCUGCUCUUACUGAAAAAAGACGGGGAGCUGGAGAUGUCAGGAGUGGCUCUAAUCCAGCACCAAGGAGAGCUGUUUCUGAUGAGAUACACCAACAUCUAAAGCAUUGGAGACUACAGAAAAUGGCUUAAAAAGGGAUUUGAAAUGCUCUGAAACUAAGGAUCAAAGCCACUGUUGUUUUUUUUCCUUCCUUUGAGGAUGGUGAUGCAGAAUUGUCCUGGGGGAGGCCCAGCAGCACUAGGUUCCACCUGGAUCUCCUAGUGGUGUUGCCACUGGGGUGGCCCCAGGACACUGUAUUGGUGAAGGAACGUGUGGACUUGCCAAAAACAAUUAAAAAAGAAAAAGAAAAAGAAGAAGAAAAAAGGAAAAAGAAUCUGCAAAACUCCUUUCCACUCUGUAAUUUAUAAACAGCAAAGUAAUAAUGAACUUUUUGUAAGGAGAAAUCAACUGUACAUUCUGAAAUCAUUUUCUCUGUAAAUGGUUGGAUUUCAUUUCACCCUUAAAGGGAUGCUUAAAAGGAGGAAAUAAUAAAAAUAAUAAUUAAAAGAAAAUAAAGAAAAUCACAAAGUCUGAAAGGAAACC